AUGUCGCCCUCCUCCUCUUCCAUCGCCCGCAAUCGUCUCGCAUCCCUCUCCUCGCACAUCAUGGGUUCCACCAACACCUCCGUAUUUUCCCCCUCGACCGUCUCUGCUGCCCCCGAGGAUCCUCUCUUUGGGUUAGCACAGGCCUAUCGCCAGGAUCCUUCUGAUAAGAAGGUCGAUCUCGUCAUCGGCGCCUAUCGCGACAACAACGCCAAACCCUGGAUUCUACCCGUCGUUCGCAAGGCCAACGAAGCCCUUAGUCAGGAGGGAUACGAUUAUGAAUACCUCCCUAUCAAGGGUCUUGCCAGUUUCACCUCCGCCGCGCAGAAAGUGAUCUUAGGAGUCGAUAGCCCGGCAAUCCGUGAGAAACGAGCAUGCACUCUGCAAACCAUCUCCGGCACUGGCGCCGUACAUUUGGGCGCUCUCUUCCUCUCUAAGUUCCACCCCGCAAAUCCUAAACCCCAGGUCUACCUCUCCUCGCCCACCUGGGCCAACCACCACCAGAUCUUCACCAACGUCGGCCUCACCCUCGCCAACUACCCCUAUUUCGACCCCAAGACUCGCGGCCUCGAUUUCACUGGCAUGCUCCACGCUCUACGCUCCGCUCCCUCCGGCUCCAUCAUCCUGCUCCACGCAUGUGCACACAACCCCACGGGCGUCGACCUCACCCGCGACCAAUGGAAAGAAGUAGCGGCCGUCAUGCGCCAACGCAACCUGUUCCCGUUCUUCGACACCGCCUAUCAGGGCUUCGCCUCGGGCGAUCUCAACCGCGAUGCAUGGGCGGUGCGCUACUUCAUCGAGCAGGGCUUCGAGCUAUGUGUCGCCCAGUCAUUCGCCAAGAACUUCGGCCUCUAUGGCCAGCGCACCGGCGCCUUCCAUUUCGUAUCUGCCCCGGGUGCGGAGGCCCAGACCGCCAAUGCCAACAUCGCCAGCCAGCUGGCCAUCCUCCAGCGGUCGGAGAUCUCUAAUCCUCCUGCCUACGGCGCCGUCAUUGCCAGUCGGGUCCUGAAUGACCCCGUCCUAUUUGCUCAGUGGGAGGAGGAUCUCCGUACGAUGAGUGGUCGUAUUGCGGAGAUGCGCACGGGUCUGCGACAGCGUCUCGAGAGCAAGGGAACCCCCGGGACUUGGGAACAUAUCACGAAUCAGAUCGGAAUGUUCAGUUUCACAGGGUUGUCCGAGCCGCAGGUUAAGUUGUUGCGUGAUAAGUGGCAUGUCUACAUGACUAAGAAUGGCCGUAUCUCCAUGGCGGGUCUGAAUACGCAUAAUCUGGAUUACUUUGCAGAGGCGGUGGAUAGCGUAGUGCGAGAAACAUCAUAG